CGGGAUUCAUUUCUCUCUCUCUCUCUCUUCUGUAUCUAUGUAUGUAUCGGCCUUGAGUGAUUCCAAAAAGCAUGCCGUGUUUAUUGGGUGUGGAAAUCCCGCCAACCCUUUUUACCCUUUUUCUUUUUAUUAAAUUGUUUUCCUCUUUCCUCUCUCAACUUUACACGGCGUGUUGAGGGAUUCUGUAUCAUUUUUUUUCUUCUUCUUCUUCCGAUCUGACGGGAAAUCGGGAUUUUUUCCUUAUUCCCCCCCACCCCACCCCCCAUCUGGGUAUCAUUGGGCUCCAUUCUGCUCGGCUUCGAUUGUGCAGUGCAGAAUUUGAGAUCCAUAGGCCAGACAGACGUUUGCUGAUAAUCAAGAUAACCAAUGAUCUCUUUUAGCAUUUCAUUGAUAAAGCUGUUGACCAGCUCGGCUAUUUCUGAUCCCAUUAUUCUUGGAUGGCUUAUAGCCGGAUUAUUCAGCCUAUUCGUUAUCAUAUACGGUGCUCUCAAAUGGCAUAAAAAGAUUUCUCUUAAUUGGGUAAAGGCAGCGGCUAGGGCAAAGAAAGAAGCUAGAAAAAAGUUGAAGGUUCCAUUAUCGCAUCACACAUGGAUGGAAGAUUCGACAACAAAUGGACAACCAUCCACGUGCUGCGUUUGUCUAAUGCCUCUGGCUCAACCCCAUACUUUAGCGAAAGCUGCUUUGGGAGGAGGAGGUGCAGUUAUUAGCCGUUGCUGUAUUUGCGACGUGGCUGCACAUUCGUGUUGUUCUCAAUUCGCGGCAAGAGAUUGUAAAUGCCCGGCUCAAGCUGAUUUCAGCCACGUUCAACACCACUGGUCAGAAAGAUGGAUUAACACAGACGAAAAUUCAGAGGCAUCUGCGUUCUGCUUUCACUGCGACGAACCUUGUGGGAUUCCUUUCUUCGAUGCUUCGCCUGCAUGGCAUUGUUUAUGGUGUCAGCGGCUUAUACAUGUUAAAUGUCAUGCAAAAUUGUAUGAAGAAUCGGGUGAUACUUGUGAUUUGGGUCCUCUUAGAACUGUCAUACUUUUACCUACUUGUGUGAAAGCACUUAAAGAUGAGAAGAAAGGGGGUGGGAUUCUGAGCUCUAUAACUGAAGAAUUUAUGUCGUCUUCAGUUAAUUGCCAAAUAAGGAGAAGGCGACAUAAAAACAAACAGGGGAGGUCCUUAAGUGGAAGGAUACAGCAUGUUUCACUUGUGAAUAGAGCAUUGCACUACGUGCUUGAGAGAUUGGUUGCUUUGAGAAUUCUAAGUGAGAAGCACCAUGAGAAUUUUUCAAGGGAUGGUCAUAACAGUAAGAAAUGUAUUGAUGCUGGGAUGAAGAAUGGGAAAUCAGAUAUGGCUAAUUGUAGCAAUGCUAAGAAAUACAAAAUUGUUAAUUUGCCACCAGAUGCUAGCCCUCUUUUGGUCUUCAUCAACACAAAGAGUGGGGCUCAAAAUGGGUCUUCUCUUAGGAGGAGACUGAACAUGCUCCUAAAUCCUGUGCAGGUAUUUGAAGUGAGUUCUUCUCAAGGACCUGAGGUUGGUUUGAAGUUUUUUAGUGGUGUGAAGAGCUUCAAAGUUUUGGUUUGUGGGGGAGAUGGUACAGUGGCAUGGGUCCUUGAUGCAAUUGAAAAACAUAUAUUUGAAUCACCGCCGCCUGUUGCCAUUCUCCCUAUGGGAACUGGCAAUGAUCUGUCGAGGGUUUUGCAAUGGGGAAGAGGCUUCUCAAGUAUUGAAGGGCAAGGCGGAUUGAACACAUUUCUAGCUGAUAUCAACAAUGCUGCAGUUACAAUGUUGGAUCGCUGGAAGGUCAAUAUUAUGGAAGAGAACUCAAAUAAUGAGCCAGGCAAAAUAGUACAAUCCAAGUUCAUGCUGAACUAUUUAGGAAUCGGAUGUGACGCAAAGCUUGCUUAUGAAUUUCAUACCACUCGUCAAGAAAAACCUGAAAAGUUCUACAGUCAGUUUGUGAAUAAAUUGCGGUACGCAAAAGAAGGUGCCAAAGAUAUAUUGGAUAGAACUUGCGCUGAAUUGCCGUGGCAGGUUUGGCUUGAAGUUGACGGAAAAGACAUUGUGAUUCCAAAGGAUACAGAGGGUUUGAUUGUACUCAACAUAGGCAGCUAUAUGGGGGGCGUAGACCUUUGGCAAAAUGAUUAUGAGCAUGACGAUUCCUUUUCUCUUCAGUCCAUUCAUGACCAAAUGCUUGAGAUUGUCUGUGUUUCUGGAGCUUGGCAUCUCGGCAAACUACAGGUAGGACUUUCACAGGCAAGGAGGUUGGCUCAAGGGAGAAUUAUACGGAUACAUGCUUCUAGUUCGUUUCCUGUCCAAAUAGACGGGGAGCCUUUUAUUCUUCAGCCAGGUUGCUUAGAGAUAUCACACCAUGGACAGGUGUUUAUGUUCAGGAGAGUUUCGAGCCCACAAGAUCCAAUAGGACAUGCAGCUGCAAUUAUGAUGGAAGUAUUGGUUGAUGCUGAGUGUAAAGGCCUUAUUAAUGCAACUCAGAAGAGAUUUCUUUUACAGCAGAUGGCACUUCAACUCUCUUGAUUUCUUCAGUAUAUACAUUUCAUUCGAUUCCAUUCCAUUCCACCAUCAACAAACCAUCGGUUUAAUCCUCUCGUCUCUUCUUCUUAGAUCCUUUUAACACUUGAUUAUUAGGUGCCAGCAGCUCAGCUGUCAAAGGUUUAGUUAACUUGGAUUUUGGAUCACCCUAAUCUUUAAGGAAAGGUGAGGGAGUUUUGAUUUCAUUUUUGUAAGCCUGUGUUUUAUGUAAUAUAUAUAUAAAUGGCAGUUUUGAUGAUUAAAAUGCAUAUAGAGAGAAAAAUGAGAAAGGAGGACAAUAUAUUGUUAUAUAGAGAAUGUUGUUAAACACUACUUGUUAAGUAUGAUCAGUGUUCAUUAUAUCUAGCAAUGAAUGAAUUCUUUUUA